GCAAGAGGCAAUUUAUUUAAGAUAAUUUUUUAUUUUUAUUUUGACUAUUAUUUUUUUGUUACCUUAAAAUAAAUUUGAUUCAACGUGUAUAUAAUUAUAUUUAUACUUUUUCAUUUAAGAUUGGAAUGAAAAAAUAUGGAAGAGAUCUCCAUAUUUUAAACUAAUCAAAUUAUUUAUUUAUUUUUUAAAUAAAAACCUAAUCAACUCAUUCAUUAAUUGCCAAGGUCAUGUACCUUCUAAAACCUAAACAUUAUUUCUUCUAUCUCUAUUCUCACAACCUUAGCCACCGGAACCACCCCCACCCCUCAAACGAACGACGAUUACAGUAGCGGGACCGCUGCAAAUUUCUCAGAUUAGUGCUCUAUCAUAUGUUCCACUCAUCAGGAGUGUUUUUAACUGUGUGAAACUUUGGGGAUCAAAUAUCGAUAUUGAAAUCAAGAUCAGUGGUGCAUAUCUUUUUUGGCAUGAAUAAACGAGCAGCCGAGUUAACCUUGAGCACGUUGGAGCACUGUCCAGCCGAGCUAAAUCAUGGGUAGCCAAAGCUCGAGCAUCCCUUGGUCUUUAACCAGACCAGACUGAACACCCCCAAAGGUUGGGGUCGUUUGCAGCCUAAAUAUCUAAAUAAAUAAACGAGCUUCCCUCGACCUCAUUGAGAUUGCAACAAUGGCAUCAAGAGCUCUCACGACAACCUACUCGAAACUCCUCUCUCAAAUGGCUGUUCGUUCCCUCCGCACCUUCUCUCCUUCGUACUCCAAUUCCCAGUCAGAUAUUCCAACUAACGGUUCGGAUUUGAAGUGGCGUUCCAAUGAGCUUCCUUGUUUUUAUAAGAAAAACAGAGUAUUAAAUCCAUUUCUGCUAGAAGGGUCGGCAUUCCCUCUGAGCCGCUACAAGAUGGGAGAGAUCCCAAUGGAGCUCAAGAACAGUGUUUACAUAAAACGCCAAAUGAUGAUGAGGAACACUUGCGACCGGCAGCGACGGUUUACAAGUCAUACUGAUGCAGUUAAUGAUGCAACCAAUGUUGAGAGUAAUGCCUUUUCUGCUGAAGUAGCUGGUGAUGCAAUCCUUAAGGGUCCAAGAUUCAAUCAUCCUAAAGGGUUCCAUCUUCGUAUGGCACGUGCUGUUUGGAUCAAGGGAGCAACGUUUCCAUAUAACAAUUUUACUGAAUAUUGUAGAGUCCGAGAUCUUUUUGUUGAACAGAAGCACAACAUAAUUUUAGAAAAUUAUGGGUUGUACAAAAGGGGAAACACUGACUGGCAUGUGGAUGGGGUUUCCAAGUUGAGAUAUAUCUCGAGAGAAGACUUCGUCUAGUGGUACCGCAGGAUUCCUAAAUGGUGCAAAAAAACAAUUUAUAAUUACUUGUUUAAGCAGCGAAUUUGUGUUUUGGAGAGUUGUCCGGAGAGUUUAUUAGAACACCUACCAAUCACCUGUUUUUGGCAUCCGCCAGCCCCAGGGUGGUACCUGUUAAACGUUUCUGGAUUUUUUAAGGAAAAUCUUGGUGGGACCAAAGAAGCUGGUUGUGGAGAAGUAUUAAGAGAUUGUCAGGGAACGAUUUUGAAUUUGUUCCAUAAACCACUUCCUCAUGCGACAUCCAGAGAUGAAGUAUUCUUACUUGGAGUGCAUCAUGGGAUACAUGAAAUUCUCCAGAGAAGGGAAGCAAAGCAAAUAAUAUUGGAGAUUGACCAUGAAAAAAUUAUCGAGGUGCUAAGUCAUCCUACUCGCACACCAAGGGAAUAUAUGGAGCUUUAUCUUGAAAUUUUUGAUAUGUUGUCAAAAUUUGACAAAUAUCAAAUAUCGUUGCAAUAUCCUCAAGGAAACAUUCUACCUAAACGAGUUGCGUGUAUAGAUUCGCAUCUGACCGUUGGACAGAAUUUUCCCAUCGGCGAGAGAGGUUAUGAAACACAAGUCAUGUGUGAUCAAUCGAUGAUUCCACGAUAUGAGAUCGUCCCGGAAGAAAGAAUUGAAGCUAAAGAAUCAGACAAAGUUGAAGAAUCGGACGAAGUUGAAGAAUCAUCUGAUGAUGAUGUUGGAAUUUGGUUAUAGGGGCAGCAUGGUAUUUGCCGUCAGUUGACCAGUAUACAUCGUGCUGGAAAUCAUACUGCGAAAAGGAUUCAGACCCUUCAAAACGGUUUCUUAAUUAUGUGGAUUGUGAUGUUCUAGACCAUGAUGACAAGAAGAACUGGGCAAAUACUACAAACGUGUUUUAAGAGUUGUGAUCCUGACAAUGAUGAUCACUUCCAAGUGUGGAGUAUUUUGAAAAAUGCAGUGAAAAAAAGUGCUCUCUUAAACUUUCUUGAAGGGUACUUUUCUUGCAGAACCUAGGCUGUGCUUGCUACAAUUUUAAAGUUCUAAUAAUAAAUAUCCUAGUCCUAAAGGAUUUAGUUUAGUUUUGUCUUAUAUAAUGACUACCUAUCAAUGAUGUGUUCUUUUUUAAUAGCAAAAUCCUUUUCUAUUUUAUUCAUUUUGUACUUAUAAGUAGGGGUGCACAAAAAAACCGG